AAUUAAUAAAAAUGGCACUUGUGCUUAAAUAAUUUUGUGGAUUCAGUAGAAUGAAUGCUCAAUGCCCAACUUAUAAAUAGUAAAUAAUAUAUAUGCUAGAUUUUAAGCAUUUGUGCUGGUUUGAGUGGUGGAUCAUUGUUGUAUGCAUUUUAUGCUUAGGUGCAAAAGUAAUGGAAAGAAUAGGAAAUUUAAUUCAGAAAGGAAUAACUAAAGAAACCAAUUUAUGAGCUUAGAGAUGAAGAGCUUGUAAGUCCUCCAUGGAAUAGUUCCAAUUUGAAUGAAUGGUUAUAUAGAAGAGUAAGAGUAAAGGGAAGACCUCUUCAUUACAAAUAAAUGAUGGUGCCAAGAACAGAAUUUUAUAAGCCAGGAUUCGAAUGUGUAGUUCCACUUGUUACAAAGGAAGAUGCAGAUUAAACAGUAUAGGAAGGAGUAUGAAUAUAUAUAUAAUAAAUAGCUUCUUGUAUCUUUAGGAUUUGUGCCUUAUGAAUAUAAGGAAAUUCCAGAUAGAUUUAAAUUGGAAGAUGCUUCAGUCUAAUAAUUUGAUUGCUUCUUAUCCCAGUUACCUGAACUAUAAGAUAAUACAUAUGGAAAUGUAGCAAAUUUGAGAAAUCCAUCAUGGAGUUACGCAGAUUUAUAAUUGAUGGCUUAAGCUACUGGAUUCAAAAAUGCAGAUAAAAUUGGUAAAGUUGUAUUAGAGAGAGCAUGUUUUGAUACUCCAUUAGAUGAAAGAAAUAUGAGGUAUUUAAAUGAUUUAUAUUCUAAUUAGAACUUAUGAUUUAGAUGCUGAUCAUCAUAUGGAUUAUCCAUAUUUGAAGAGCAAUUCUGGUAUUUUAUAUCAUAAAAACCAUAUGCCAUGGGAUUGGUAGAGAGCUAAACAAUAAGCAUUAGGCUCAACUGUUUUAUUUGGUGCUUUGGGUGCAGUAUUACAUUUAGCCAAAUGAAAUUUAUAUUAAUAAAGAUAAGAAUUAUAAUUGAAAGAAUUACUC